CCUCAGUCGUUACCCACCGGCCCUGGGGAUUGAACCGGCAACCUUCUGGUCACGAGUCCGACUCUCUAACCAUUAGGCCACGACUGCCCAAAUGGUGGCCGAUAUCCUGAAAUCCUUUCCAGAGACAGGCUCACUAAACCUGAACGAGCAGAACCCUAACGUACAGGACAUACUUGGAGAGCUACGCGAGAAAGUAAAUGAAUGUGAAGCGUCAGCCAUGUUGCCUCUGGAGUGUCAGUAUCUGAAUAAAAGUGCUUUGACUACACUGGUGGGGCCGCUCACUCCACCCAUUAAGCAUUUCCAGCUGAAGAGAAAACCCAAGAGUGCUACGCUCAGAGCUGAACUGCUGCAGAAAUCCACAGAGACGGCCCAGCAAUUAAAGAAGACAGCAGGAGUGCCGUUCCACUCCAAAGAAAGAGGGCUGGUGAAAAAGAUCGACACCACGAGUAAGACUCAUCUGACCUUCCCUUAAAUGUUUCCUCGUUUCUGUCUAUUCUAACAAAGCAACACACAAAAGUGGUAUUAAUCUCUCUGUCUGCUCUCACAGCGCCACUGAAGGGAAUUCCCAAAGCACCAUUCCGCAGCCCCACUACCCCAAGUAUGUUUAGCCCUCCCAGCAACAGAACUCCUAUCGCCCCUGCAUGUACACCCCUGCGCAAGGAGAGGGGA